CGUAAACAUCCAUGCACGUGUUCGAUGAUGGAGAUUGACAUCACGUGAUGCGGCUGGAACGUGGCUGGCCCAUCACUAGCCACAUCCGCCAGCACGCAAUUUCCAUGCAGAUUGAUUGGAUCGUUGUUUCUAAUUCCUCACACUUUCCAUGUAUACGCCAAAGCGUUUGUAAUCAUAUCGUCAUGAGGGCCUUCAACUUCAUUCUGUAUUCUCCUCAAGAGGCAUUUGGCUCAGUCUCCGCUCGGGAGAUCUACCUUCGUCAUGAGUGCGUCCCGUAGAUUGCUCUUUUCUGUCCACGCUUCAGCAUCAAAACGUCCGUCUAUCUCCGCAUGUGUUGGACGCGCCCCACAAAAGCUCUUUGCCUUCACGCGACCGCAUGCUACUAUUAGGAGCAUACAUCAACAGACUCCGCGACGGGGUCAAGCUGCUGCCACCGACCAGAAUUCCACCCACGAAUCCACGAACCCUGCCUUAUCCUUCCCUUGUCUCGACGUUGUAGAAACCAGAUCCGCGACGCUUUCCCGUCGUUCCCUAGCUGGGCCAGAGCCGUCCUAUACACCAGGAAAGCACCUGAACUUUCAUUCUACGCAACCUAUACUACUCGAUUGGGGGGGGAUUUUGCCGGAAUUCGACAUUGCCUAUGAAACCUGGGGCACCUUGAAUGCCGACAGAACCAAUGCAGUUCUACUUUAUACCGGCUUGUCUGCCUCUAGCCACGCACAUAGCACCGAAGCCAAUCCACAGCCAGGCUGGUGGGAGAAGUUUAUAGGACCCGGGAAGCCCGUUGAUACGGACAAAUACUUUGUCAUAUGCACCAACGUUAUAGGUGGAUGCUAUGGCUCGACAGGACCCUCCUCAAAGGAUCCCGCCAACGGGCAGCGUUACGCCACGAGGUUUCCCAUAUUGACUAUGGAAGAUAUGGUGCGGGCACAGUUCCGUCUGCUUGAUAACUUAGGCAUCGAGAAGUUGUAUGCAAGCGUAGGCUCGAGUAUGGGUGGCAUGCAAAGUCUUGCAUCGGGAGUACUGUUCCCAGAUCGCGUAGGUCGGGUUGUCUCCAUCAGUGGUUGCGCACGUAGCCACCCUCAAACGAUUGCAAUGAGACACAUCCAACGUCAAGUGCUCAUGACGGAUCCCAACUGGAAUCGCGGAUUUUACUAUGACAGUAUACCUCCACACACUGGCAUGAAGAUGGCCCGCGAAAUCGCGACUGUGACCUAUCGAAGCGGACCCGAAUGGGAACAACGCUUCGGACGCCGUCGAGCUGAUCCUUCGCGACCCCCAGCUCUGUGCCCAGACUUCCUUAUUGAGACCUAUCUGGAUCAUGCUGGAGAAAAAUGGUGUCUUCAAUACGACGCCAACAGUCUACUCUACGUUUCCAAAGCUAUGGAUCUCUUCGACUUGGGACAGGAACAUCGCAAUAUGAUCAAUCAAGUGCGCCAAGAAAACCACCCAAAAUUACAAGCUUUUCUGGAAGGCCACGCCCUAGACUCUGGAGAGAAUGCCGACACUUGCAGCCUGGUACUUCCUGAAAAACCAUAUGAGGAAAAGGAGCAGCCUGUGGAUGAAGCUUCCGUGAAUGGUGAGAUCUCAUCGAAUGAGCCCUCUCCAGACUUGGUGGCUGGCUUACGGCCGUUGGCAACUACGCCGGCUCUUGUUCUUGGAGUGGCUAGUGACAGUCUAUUCCCUGCGUGGCAACAAGAGGAGAUUGCCACUGCUCUUCGACGCGCUGGCAACAAGAAUGUGACGCACAUUGAGCUCGGCAAAGAGAAGAGUCUGUUCGGCCACGACACAUUCUUGCUGGAUCUAGAGAAUGUUGGAGGAGCAGUGAAGGACUUCUUGGGUCGAUAA